CGGAGUCUCCAUCCUUUUUCAGCGAGUGCCGUCUGUUGGUGUGAUGGCUGUGUUCUUGGGGCUUCUUCUCUCCGUGCUCCUCCUGUCCCUCCACUCUCCUCCCAGUCAGGCGUCUCCCUCCUGCCCUGUGAGCUGUCGCUGCUACAGCCUCACUGUGGAGUGUGGGUCCACCGGCCUGAGGGACGUCCCCAAGCACGUUCCUCCAUCCACACAGACCAUCUUCCUCCAGGACAAUGUGAUUGGUCAGAUUCGUCGACAGGACUUCAUUCUGCUGAGGCAUCUGCACUACUUGUAUCUGCAGAACAACACCAUCUCAGCGGUGGAGCCCGGAUCUUUCCAGAACCAGGGUCAGCUGUUGGAGCUGGCUCUGAACGGGAACCGGGUCCACCUGGUGACGGCGGACAUGUUUCAGGGACUCGAACAUCUCCGCAUUCUUUACCUGGCAGGAAAUGACAUCACACGCCUGCAGGACUACACCUUCCGUGGCUUACAGCGUCUGCAGGAGCUCCAUCUGCAGCACAACAGCAUAGAGAUGUUGGCAGACCAGGCUCUAGUUGGUUUGACGUCUUUGGCUCUACUGGACCUGAGCAGGAAUAACCUUCACACCAUUGGCCCUGCGUCCCUGAGACCUCUGGUCAGCCUGCAGGUGCUGCGCAUCACAGACAACCCAUGGCGCUGUGACUGCGCUCUCCACUGGCUGAGGAGCUGGAUCGAUGAGGAGGGCCAGCGGCUGCUCAGCUCUGCAGAGCGUCGACUGGUCUGCACCGAGCCUCCGCGCCUCUCCCAUCUCAGCCUGGUGGAGGUGCCCCUCAACAGCUUGGUGUGCAUCCCUCCGCUGGUGCAGCUGGAGCCCAGGAGGCUGGCUGUGCGUCUGGGAGAGAGCCUCAGGGUGUCCUGCCAUGCCUCUGGUUACCCCCGGCCACAGGUGACCUGGAGGAAGGCGUCCCCGGGUAAAGUGGUGCUUUCUCCCAGAGGCCUGGUUCAGGAGCUGGGUGCUGCAGGAGGUGGAAUGGGUGGAGCGGAGGAGCCCUCAGAGGGAGGCAGAGUCAGUCUGCAGAAGAAUGACGGCGAGCGCUUUGACCCCGACACCGGCAGCGGCAUGCUGUUUCUCAGUAAUGUGACAGUGGCUCACGCAGGUUUCUAUGAAUGUGAGGCCUGGAACGCAGGCGGUGUUGCCAGGGUGACCUUUCAGCUUGCCAUCAACUCAUCCACCUCCUCUUCCUCGUCUUCCUCCUCCAUCUGGGCCUCGUGGUCUCAGGUGUCUUCGCCAUACUCACCUGCAUGGCCCAGGCUGAAGGGCCACGGUCCUGCUGUGGGCUCAGACGUGAGCCGAGAGCCCCUGUACGCUCUGGGCAGCAUGGCCUUCAGCGCUCUGGGAGCUGCCACUCAGACCGCCAUCGCUGUGGGCAUCUCCCUGCUGGCUCUGACCGCCCUGCUGUUGGUCGCCAUGAUCUACAGCCGACAUCACCAACGAGAGAAGGAAGCGGAUGGAGCUGAGAAGGAGGAGAGCAUCUUAUAUGUAAACGAUUACUCUGACGGGCCCACCACCUUCGCCCAGCUCGAGGAGUACCGUGACGAGCGCGGCCAUGAGAUGUAUGUUCUCAACAGGGCCAAGCCUGUUCUCCCUCCUGCUCCGCCCACAGCUGUCUCCACCACGAACCUUGGCUGCCCCGCGCCAUCCGACACCUCCAGCCACACCCUCUCCUCGGGGCCGGGCCAGACAAUGAGUCCCACUCUGGCCCCCAACAAAAAGCAGCAACAGCAGCAGCAAGAGGGCGACAUACGGACCAUGAGGAGAAUGGCGGGGGAGGGAGGGGAAGCGGAGCCUGUGAUCACAUCAGAGGCGGAGGGGAUGUUUCUUAAUCACACAGGCCUGUUCAUGGAUUCGCAGAUCGCCUAUGAGAUCCACUGCUGAAGGGGGGUAGAGACUCCACAGAGGGUUUGUGUGUGAAGCCGUGGUUCACAGCAGAGCCUGUCGCAUCUUUUCUGAACGUCAGGGUCACUGCUGACCGAAUCCCUCAUCCCUCUGGAAGAAUUUACUUUCCACAAGACUCACAGUGAGGAACUCUGAUUGGAGAAGGUUGACAUACCUGGGACAGCUCACCAUCUGGUCUAUUACAUCAAUAACACUUGAGACUUCUCAUGGACAUACUGUGACCUUGCACGCCAAAACAACAGCAGUGAGUAGACUGAUGAGUAGAUUGCCGUUCAAAUGCUCAUCUCUCAAAGACAAUUUUGAGUGGACUCAGGCUGAGCUGCACACAAACUGAGCCUCCCUGAACACAAAUUUCUGGGUCAGCAAUUAAACAGAGUGACUGUCAUACCAGGAACCUUUACCAUCAUCGUUGUGCAAGACUCAACAUCUGGCCUCUCAAGAGCUCAGACAAAGCUCUGAAGUUAUUUAGAGGGUGAGUAUAAUAACAAUAAAGGGGGAAUUAUGGAAUCUUACAUUUCAUGAGCAUGUAGGAACCCUAGUGUGUUUUAUUACUGUUGACAUGUUUUAAUUUAAUCUCAGACUGUGCAGGCUGUUGAGCAUCAGAAGGCAGUACAGCAACAGUUCAAUUUUGUAUUUAUUUAAAAAGUUUGGGAACAUGUGAAGUCAUCACAAAGAAAGGAUCUUAAUGGAAAAUUCUGUUUGUCUUCAAUUUAAGUCUUAAUCUCCCAUCACGAAACUGUCAACACGGUGGAGCUGUUGCAGCGGCAGAAAGUAAUGUUCAGCAAGGUAAACAAUACUGAAUAUAGCCACACAACUGAAACAAAAUGAAACUCUGUAAAAGUAAUAUAAUUUAAAUAUUUAGGCAGAGGCCAAUAUGAAAUGUUGGGAUUACUAAGUCAUAGGAGGCUCUGACAGCUAAACAUACUGCAAAAAAGUGCAUACAAAUAAUCAAACAUAAACAA